AUGGCAACUAACAACUUCUUCCUCGUAUUUUCGUGUGUUUUAAUCGCGUCAGUGUGUGCCCUUCCGGCAACCGAUAAAGAAAAGGAAACGGCCCGCAGUGCCCGAUCCGAAAAUGACCUUCUCGACGCAACCUACACGGACUGUCUUCGCAAGGACACCGUUUCGUGCAUCAAAUACAAAAUUUUUUCGUUCGUUGACAAGAUGCUCGACCAGAAGGAUGCCAUUACUGUAACCGAUGGGGUGUCUUUGGUUAAAGUCGAGGGGGCUGAACCUGAAGGGGCACCCCGAGCGCUUACCGCUGAUGACACCGUUGAAUCCGUAAUCUUCAAUAAAGUUCAACGGUUCUUGCAAACGCACACCCUUAAAGUUGACAUUAAAGGGAGCGACAUUGUUUCUGCGGUCUCUUCAACUGCACGUUCCUUUAACGAUGCCAUGGAUGGAAUUUACGAGGAAGACAACAUGGUUGAGGAAAGUAGGGGCAAGAAAAAGAAGGUUCAGAAACUUUUGGGACCUAUAAUGGCUGCUCUUGGUCUCGUUGGUGGUAUUUUGACUAAACUGGCCCUUGGAAAGAUUGCAUUGAUUGCCGGUAAAGCCCUCUUGAUUGGUAAAAUCGCACUGGUCCUUUCCGCCAUUAUUGGGUUGAAGAAGCUUCUUGGUCAAGGAAAACAUGUGACUUAUGAGGUCGUAGCUCACCCUCAACAUUCUGCCAGUCACAUAGCCACCCAUGAAACUGUCCACAGCAGUGGCGGUGGUGGUGGAUAUGGUGGCGACAUUGGAGGUGGAUAUGGCGGCGGCAGUUCGGGACACGGAGGUUGGGGAAGGACUUUUGAUGCGCAGGAUCUCGCCUAUAGGGCCCACGUUCCUAAGUCCACUGAACAAUAA